AUGGUACUCGACAAUGAUACACGAGGGUGGCUCCUCGCGGUGGUGAGCGGCAUAGCCUCGAUAAUAUGCGUCGACCUCAUUGUCCGCCAGCUCCCCGGCAAGAAGAAUUUUAAAAUAGAGGAUAGCAAUGUCUUCCUGUCAACAGGCUUAAGCCUUUCCUUUGGCGUUAUGAUAUUCUCUUCAUUAUAUAGCAUGCUGCCAUCGGCGAAGAACUACCUAACAAAGGGUGGCAUGUCACCAAGAGGAGCGACAUUGACCUUGAGCGGAUGCUUUCUGGUAGGUGCACUCGUCAUAUCGGUACUAUCGCAGUUUCUGCACAAGUAUAUCCCACAUACUGUUGUGGAUUGCGAUCAUGAGCAUGGAGACGAAGAGGAGGGCAAGGUUGAUGAAGAGGCGGGCCAUUUACAUCAACCAAUGCACGAGCAGCAACGAGGGCUACCACAGGCUAACGGAGUAGAAGAAUUGGACGGACAUCACUCUUACGGAACAAACGAGACCAGCAACCCUGGACUAUCCGCCCGGAGACCGUCAUUGCACACUUCAAUUUCGGCAAAAGUGACGCAGUUAGUCACGGGUGCGAAGGAGCAUUGCGAUGAUAAUGGGGAGUGCUAUGGAUAUUCGGAAACCUGUGGGACGGAAUGCUUUAGAAACGUACUUCAUACGCGGCCGCUGCGGUUACAUUCGACCAAGUCAACAGGUAAUUUGACUGCAAGGCCAUCAAGCAGGGGCAGAAAUCAAGCAACACAGGGUCAACAUGAGCACAGGCCACUUCUCGAGGAUGUCGAUGAGACAACACCUCUAGUACCUACCCGCUCCAUGCCAGCAACGAUGGAGAGUUCUGUCGCCAGCCUGCCUUCCGCGAACGGAUAUAUUGGGACCAACCACGAGCCCGAGAUUGCUCCGCUGCACAAACACAGCCGAUCUUCCUCGACUACUUCUGCCUCCUCGCAUGUUUCCCACCACCACAGUUCUAGCCACGGCCACUCUCACGAUCAUGGGACACCCCAACACCACCACCACGUCCCAACCAACGUCUUCCUCUCCAUCGGCCUUCAAACCAGCACCGCCAUUGCCCUGCACAAGAUUCCCGAAGGCUUCAUCACGUACGCGACAAACCACGCAAACCCCAAGCUGGGGCUCUCCAUCUUCAUUGCCCUCUUCAUCCACAACAUCACCGAGGGCUUUGCCAUGGCGCUGCCGUUGUAUUUGGCCAUUGGGAGCCGGUGGAAGGCCAUGUUCUGGUCAGCCCUCUUAGGUGGCGUGUCGCAGCCCCUCGGUGCUGGCGUUGCUGCUCUGUGGUUCAAAGUAGCCGGCCGUGGGAGAGGCGAAGGAGAAGGCGAGCCUGGCGACCUGGUCUAUGGGUGCAUGUUUGCCAUAACAGCCGGCAUCAUGGCCAUGGUGAGUCUGCAGCUUUUGGGCGAGAGUCUGGAUUUGACGCACUCGAGACGGCUGUGCUUCAUUAGUGCUUUUGUCGGCAUGGGUAUAUUGGGAUUAAGCAGUGCGCUCACGGCGUGA